UGGUGCCCAAUGACCAGGCAACUGCGUGGAUGAAUAAAAGGAGCAGGCUGAGUUUGUGAAGGUUGUCCCGAGACUGAGAGACUGGAUUCAAGACAUCAUAAUACUAUUUGUCGAACUUGGGAAUGAGAUGACAAGAUUUUUCAACCUGAGACUUGUGCCUGCUAUAAUUGACAACAUUAAAGACUAAGAACAUAAAUGAGGAUUUGUACUGUCCCUGUUAAGAUUGUUGUUUUACAACAAACCUAAAGUAGUAAUGGAAGUCCUGUAUGGUUAUGGGAUAAGCAGUACGUUGUAUCUGCAGAUGCAAUAUGGGUACGCCCAAAGCUGGUUUGCAUUUGUGUCCACGGUGGCAGACCUACGUACAACGUUUUUAUUCUUUUUUCCCAUUUGGUUCCACCUACAAUCAGCAGUAGGAGUGAAGCUGAUCUGGGUUGCUGUUGUGGGAGACUGGCUCAACUUAAUCCUCAAGUGGCUGAUGUUCGGACAGCGUCCUUAUUGGUGGGUUAGAGAAACUGUUUAUUAUGGCAACUCGACUGUGCCACAAAUCAAACAGUUCCCUAUGACCUGUGAGACUGGCCCUGGUAGCCCCUCUGGUCAUGCAAUGGGAGCUGCAGGGGUUUCUUACGCCAUGGUCACGUCACUGUUGCCGAUUUUGCAGGGCAGUGACCCUGUUAAAAGCUGGUGCUUGCAGGGUUUUCUUUGGACUCUGUUUUGGGGUGUGCAGGUGUGUGUCAGUCUUUCUCGCAUCUUCAUUGCAGCUCAUUUCCCACAUCAAGUCAUUGCUGGAGUUGUUACAGGAAUUGCAGUGGCUAAGGCUUUUAAUAGCGUUUCCUGGAUCUACUCAGCAAGCUUGAAGGGUUAUGUGCAUACCAUCCUCUGUCUUCUCUUUGUUGUCCUUGGCCUUUAUGCCCUGUUGGAUGCUGCCUCAAUAGACCCAUACUGGAGCCUAAUCAAGGCACAGAAGUGGUGCAUUAAGUCUGAAUGGGUCCAUCUAGACACUACACCGUUUGCUGGCCUCUUGCGCAACACCGGGGCCCUGUUUGGCCUUGGGCUGAGUCUUAAUUUGCCUAUUCAGGGUGACAUGGAAAAAAAUAUGAGCUGGGCAAAUAAUGCCAUUUACAGACUGACCUGUACAGCAGCAACACUGCCACUCCUGAGCCUCUUAGACUCAUUUAGACCACCAACAAGCACUCAAGCUCUCUUCUACUUGCUGUCUUUCAGUAAGAGUGCCACAGUACCUCUGACCACAAUCAGUUUUGUGCCUUACUGCAUAAGAACAUUUGUGAAUGUAUACCAAAGAAUAAAAGUGCAGUAA